AUGCAGGCCAACAAGAUUCCCGAGUUUCUCGCAGAGCAGCGAGAACUAGCUCCAGAAGAGUACCAAUCUACAUUACUCGAUUUUGAAAGUUUCUGGGAGCGAAAGCUAUGGCAUCAGCUCACCGACGGCUUGAUAAAGUACUUCUCUGAGCCCCCGAGCGCGCCGCAGCGGCUACCUUUUUUCAAGAAUUUCGUUCUUAGCUUUGCAGAUAAGAUUAAUCAGUUGAAAUUUGUGACGUUAGGACGAAUGGCUUCGGCCCAAUGCAAAGCCUUGGCUGAUAAAGUCAAUAAACCUAGUUCUCAAGACGCAUAUGUCUACGCCAUGUCAGAUGUCGCCGCCGUUAAGCUACGACUGGGGGAUUUUGAGGGCUCUCGGGCAAAUCUCGAUGCAUCACAGACUGUCUUGGACUCAUUUGACUCUGUCGAAAACGUCGUGCAUGCCUCGUUUUAUAAAGUAAACGCAGACUAUUAUCAUGCGAAAUUGGAGUUUGCUUCCUACUACAAAAACGCGCUCCUCUAUCUCGCCUGCGUUGACGUAGAGGACGUCACCCCAGAAGAACGUGCAGCUAGAGCGUACGACCUCAGUAUAGCUGCUCUAGUAUCGGAUACAAUCUACAAUUUCGGCGAACUUCUCCUUCAUCCGAUCCUCGAUUCGCUCACAGAAACGCCCCACGCAUGGCUCCGCGAACUCUUGUUUGCUUUCAACCGCGGGCGAUUUGACCGCUUAUGA